CCAGCAAACAAUGUGCCACGUUGUCGAUUGCCUACUGAUGACCUUCUGCUUCAAGCAGCAUCAAACGGAUAUGCAAACCCUUGCUGAUCGGAUCGAGCAGCAACAACAUCAACUGCAAGAACAUCAACAACAGCUACAACAACAAUCGGCUGUUAUUCACAGUGAGCUACUCAAGCCGCCAAAUAAUGUUUACGAUGAUGAUGAUCGAGUGAUGGAGCCGGAAAUGGAAAUGCGAAUGGAGAAUGAUGUUGUUGCAAAUGCAGAGCGUGGUUCGCAUUCGCCGGCACAUCUCGAAGAGCUGAGCAUCGAUGCGGAUGUGCAUGAAGAUGUUGAGUUGGGCAACGGAGCGCGUUACUCAGUGCACUAAAAGCAAAUGAAGAAUACAGAGAAAUGGAGAGAAACUGGAGAUGUGGCAAUGUGACGCUGCUUGAGUGAGAGAUGAGUUUCAGUUACACAGGUGAUGGAUAAACUCAUCAAAAUCACGGCUAACGGUUACGGUUACGGGUAACUCAAUCCGGCACACGCGCAGUUCAAAGUUCAAAGCUGACUUUGAUAUGGGCUAGCAUUUCACACACAGACACAGACAGAGACACAGAUUUUCUAUUCGUCAUCAAUCUGAAACUGUUCUCCACACACAUCCAUCCGAACUCUAAACCAGGCAUUCAGUCAGUCAGUCAGUCAGUCAUUCAGUCAGCCAUUUGGCCAACUGUCAGCAUUUAACCAUGUUACUUUCUCACUCUCUCUCUCUCUCUGUCGUCGUUCGCUGUCAUCGCAUUUGCAUUUGCAAAUUGGUAACACAAUACGUUGACACCAGCACACAACUCCUCCCCCUUUCUCCUCCUUCUCCUCCUCCCUCCGUUCAAUCAAUCCCUCGCCUGUCGCACUCGAUAAUCACAUAGCAACAUCAACAGCAGCAACAACAGCAAUAACAGCAGCAGCUUCUGACAGCACAACAGUAUUAAGCAUAAUUAUAAUGUUAACGAUAAAAUAUAUUGUAUGUAUAUAGUAUUUAUAAUGAUCAAAAUUAUUAUAAUGAGCAGCAUAAUUAUGGAGUUAUCGAGUUCGAUUAACAUAAGCGCAUCAUUUGGCAUCAAAUUAUAAAAUUAAUUGUUUACCAAGCACUCAACAACAGCUGUUGCCAUGGGCGACGGUGUUUGCAUUCGAUAUUCAAUUCGUUUGAAUUUCAAAUUCAUUUCGAAUGAAUUCAAUUGCCGUCGACGUCGUCUGGCACUUUAAGCUCAAUCAACAACAGUUUUGUGUGGCGUCCUCGAAACCAAAACAAAGCCUCAAACAGAUUAUUGUUUACAGUGUGUGCGUCUAUAUAAAAUAUGGCAAUACAAUCGCCUUGCCACAGUCAACAAUUGCAGUUGCCCCAAAGGGGGACGU